UACUUUGGUCUGUAUAAUUUUAUUGCAAAGGAACUUUAGCCUUUAUUAAUAAUCAGUAAUCAGUCAGUAUUUUCAAGAAGUAGGAGAGCUGUACAUUUUGGUGAUUUAAGAUAAAGCAACAGUUUAAUAUAAAAAGUUUACGAAUCGUCAUCGUAUUCGAAAGUAACUGUAUUGGAAUUUUUUAAUAAGAGAACAUUUUCGAGUUGUAAGUAGAAACAAAGAAGCAUCAAAAUGUUUUCACGGUCGGUAUUAAAAAGUAUAACACAUAAAAAAGUAAUGCGAACAUUUUCAACAAAAUCUGCUACAGGAUUUAGUUUUGAACUAAAUGAUACACAAAAGGAAAUGCAAGAAUUAGCAAGAAAAUUUACAAAAGAAGAAAUUAUUCCAAGUGCUGCUGAAUAUGAUAGAAGUGGAAAAUAUCCAUGGGACAUUGUUAAAAAAGCAUGGAGUCUAGGCUUAUUGAACAAGAGUAUUCCUCAACAUUGUGGAGGAAUGGAUGUUGGUACCUUUGAUAACUGUUUAGUUGGAGAAGAAUUUGCUUAUGGUUGUACAGGAAUAUCAACUGCAUUAGAAGGAUCAGGAUUAGGACAAGCUCCUGUAAUUGCAUAUGGAACAGAAGAACAGCAAAAGAAAUAUCUUGGAAGACUCCUCGAAGAGCCACUUGUUGCUGCAUAUUGUGUCACUGAACCUGCAGCUGGAUCAGAUGUAGCAGGUGUCAAAACAAAGGCAGAAAAGAAAGGAAAAGAAUGGAUUAUUAAUGGAACAAAAAUGUGGAUAACAAAUGGUGGUGUUGCUAACUGGUACUUUUUAUUAACAAGAACAAAUCCUGAUCCAAAAGCUCCAGCUGGUAAAGCUUUCACAGCUUUUAUUGUUGAACGCGAAAGUGAAGGUGUAACACCAGGUCGUAAAGAAAUGAACAUGGGGCAAAGAGCUUCUGACACGCGAAUGAUAACAUUCGAAGAUGUCCGUGUUCCGGAAGAAAAUGUUUUAGGCAAGGAAGGCGAAGGAUUUAAAAUCGCUAUGAACACCUUUGAUAAGACUAGGCCAAUGGUUGCAGCUUCAUCCGUUGGUUUAGCUCAGAGAGCGCUAGAUGAAGCUACGAAAUAUUCAAUGGAACGUAAAACUUUUAACAAAGCAAUAGCAGAACAUCAAGCUAUAGCUUUUAUGCUCGCAGAUAUGUCGAUUGGUGUUGAAACAGCUAGACUUGCAUGGAUGAAAGCAGCUUGGGCUGCUGAUCAGGGUCUUCCAACAGCUACAGUUCUUGCCAGCAUUGCAAAAUGCUAUGGUGGUGAUGUAGCUAAUAAAUGUGCAACGGAUGCUGUACAAAUAUUUGGUGGUGCUGGAUUUAAUACUGAAUAUCCUGUAGAAAAAUUGAUGCGCGAUGCAAAAAUUUAUCAAAUUUACGAAGGUACUGCACAAAUUCAAAGAUUGAUAAUCUCGCGUCAUCUGCUCAAUGAAGCUAAACAAAAGACUGCUUAA